AUGCCAAAAUCCCGUAACGGCGGCCUCAACGAGCCCAUGAACGGCCUCUACAUCCCUAUGGGCCUCGUGAUCUUCGGCACCCUCCUCGUCCAGCCUUCCUACACCCCCUACGCAGUCAUCGUCGCCCUCUCCCUCGGCGCUUUCAAGGUCUGGCGUGGACAGCCCAGGAAGGUCCUCAAGCCUGCCGAGUACCAGGAUUUCGAGUUGCUCGACAAAACCGUAUUGACACACAACACCGCGAUCUACCGUUUCGGUCUCCCUAGACCCAACGACAUCUUGGGCUUGCCUGUCGGUCAGCACAUCACCGUCGCAGCCACCAUUGACGGAAAAGAGAUCUCGCGUUCGUACACCCCUACCUCCUCUGACAACGACAAAGGCCACUUCGACCUCCUCAUAAAAUCUUACCCCACCGGUAACAUCUCCCGCUACAUCGAAUCCAUGAAACUCGGGCAAACAAUUAAAGUCAAGGGGCCCAAGGGACAAAUGCGCUACGAAAACGGUCUCGUCAAAGAAUUCGGAAUGAUCGCUGGUGGUACUGGAAUCACUCCCAUGUUGCAGAUCGUCCGCGCAAUCCUUAACAACCCCGCCGACCAGACAAAGGUCUCGUUGAUCUUCGCAAACGUGAAUGAAGAGGACAUCCUCCUCCGCGAAGACCUCGACGAACUCGCAAAAGACCACGCGGGCCAAUUCCGCAUCAAGUACGUCCUUAACAACCCCCCGGAGGGCUGGACCGGCGGUGUUGGUUUCGUGACGCAGGAGAUGAUCAAGGAGUGGUGUCCUGGACCGGAGUUGGGGAAGGAUGUCAAGAUUUUGUUGUGUGGGCCUCCGCCUAUGGUUGGGGCUAUGAAGAAGGCGGUUGUGGAGUUGGGGUAUGAGCAGCCGAAGGUUGUUUCUAAGUUGGAGGAUCAGGUGUUCUCGUUCUAA